AUUGUGCAGCGUCUUCUGUCUACUAGGGUUUGGCAUCUCACUUCUAGCAAACCCCUACGGAGCAGCUCGUCGGAGGCGGAAGAAGAGGAAGAUGCCGGCUGGUCACGGAAUAAGGGCGAGGACACGGGACCUUUUCCAACGUGGUUUCAGGAAGCGCGGCCCCAUCGCGCUCUCCACACAUCUCCGGGUCCUCCGCGUCGGCGACUAUGUCGACAUCAAGGUCAACGGAUCUGUGCACAAGGGAAUGCCUCACAAGUUCUACCAUGGCCGCACCGGUCGCGUCUGGAACGUCACCAAGCGCGCAGUUGGUGUCGAAGUGAACAAGCAGGUUAGGAACAAGAUCCUGAAAAAGAGGCUUCAUGUCCGCAUAGAGCAUGUUCAAGCAUCCAGGUGUACUGAGGAGUUUAAGCAGAGGGUGAAAGAAAAUGAUCGGCUCAAGGCUGAGGCAAAGGCUAAAGGUGUGGUUAUCAGUACCAAAAGGCAGCCCAAAGGUCCUCAACCCGGAUUUAUGGUAGAAGGUGCUACCUUGGAGACUGUGACACCCAUUCCUUAUGAUGUUGUCAACGAUCUCAAGGGUGGUUACUAAGUAUUUGUAUUAUUUCUUGGCAAGGUGUUGUUUUUAUUUCACUUUUUAAGUAGCUUUACUCAUCAGAGAUUAUGUUAUGUUCUUGUCACUUGCUUAUCAUUUUGAAAUUUUGUGACCACAAUGUAAUGUGUGGGAGAACUUGUUUGCCAAGAGUUUUCUUCUAUGGUAAUUCAUGGAACUUGAUAAUAUUACUACUCACGCUUAUGAUGAUCUUUUUAAUUUUUAUUGUGCCUUCAUUUCUUGCUAA